AUGGCUGCUACAUCCUCGUCAGCCGCCGUAUCUGCGAUGGCACAACGUGCUUCGCAGCAAUAUCUUGAGUGUCGCCGUAGUGUGACGGCCAAAGUGGAUGAAGUUAAACUGCUAGACGAGCAGAUUGCCGCUGUAUUUCAGCAAAUUUCGGCGCUGUCUGAGGCCCCCGAGGGGCAGGAGGACUUAUCCGACGAACAAAAAGCCGCAGCCAAAAGUAUUGGCCGUCUUGAGGUCGUCCUGAUCGGUGUAGAGGGUGAAGAGCCUGUACCAAAUGCUACGAUAACUGUUGCUUUAGAUCCUGAGUACGAGGCUGAUGAGUUCGAGACCGUGGAGGAGGUCGACGAGAAGAAAGAUAUUGUAGUCACGGACGAGCAUGGACAUGUGGUAGAAGAUGGCCAAGUUUCGGAUGAAGAUGGCGAACACACGCCGCGUAAACUCAAGACGACCACAAAAAUCACGCGUACCAUUGUUAAGAAGCGCGUUAAGAAGGAGAAAGAGCCGGUGGUGCGAACGAUAGCUUGGAAUGCCCCUCUUAAGUCAGAUGAAGACGAGGUGACUGCGUUGACAUUUCCUGCUUCGUUUGUCUUUGAUCCUGUGCAGUCGCGAGAGGCGAUUGUGAUUAUUACGGUCGCUGCGGCUUCGACGGAAGAUGAUCAAGAGCCUGAUGUCCUUAAAGAAAUUGAGAUUCCAGUCUCAUCUCUGUUUCAGGAUCAUGUGCUGAAUAAAUGGUACACUGUUGGUGAUGAGGAAACAGAGGAUGAGCCUACUACCAUUACAGAGUUGGUAGAGGAAGUUAUAAAUGAAGUUAUUGAAAGAGACGCAGCCACGGAGAAGAGUGACGAUGUCGACAAGGUGGACAUUUCAGAAAAUACUGAGUCGCAUGAGAACCCUGAAGGAUCUAACGAGGAGAAAAAGCCUCAAGAUGCUGAGAAAAAUGAAGCAUCUGAGAAAAUGGAGGGGAUUGAGACGGUUGAGCAGGAUAAAAAGACAAAUGGCGAGGUUGAAAGUGCUGAAAGGGUUGAAGAGGAUGUCAAAGAAGUUGGGCAGGAAAAAUCGAAGUCGGUGAAAAGUCGGUUCCAGGUUAAGGUGAGCUUUGCACUAUCUGAGGCUGAAAAAUUAAGCACAUCAGUAGUCGCCUUGUCGAAAAAGAAGCAGGAGGCCGAGGCUCAGCUGCAAGUUUUGGAACGUGAAGCGUCCAGCUUGCGUAUUAAAUACGACCGUUUGAAUGCAAGCCAACGUCAGAUGAGCGCUUCCGGCCUUUCGAAGCCCAAGUCUAGUCUUCUGACCAGCCGUUUUGGCGCCGUCAAUGUCCCUGUACAGCGCAAAUCGUGGUACCGAAGCUCUUAUGAGCGUGCAACUAGCUUUGCUACGAAACAUCAGCAGCUACUAGUUAGUGUUGCUAUGUUUACCGGAAGCGUGUGUCUUUUCCACUACAACGGCGAGAAUCUGCUAGCCUAA